ACGGGGGCUCCCGUCUCACUCACCUCACCUGGCCAGCCCUUUCUGCUUUCGCUUUCACCAUCUCCCUGCCCCUCCGGCGGCAGCUCUCGCUCGCCUCGUUUUCACCUCUCUCGGUUGAGUUCUCGGCUUUGCCGAAAGAAAGGCACCCGGAACCCAACGACAGUACCAGCAGUCCAGUCUAGCACCGGGCCGGGCCAAAGCAGGGAUGAAAAUGAAAAGGGUGGCGAGAUAAAUAGGCGGGGGAGAAGCAAGCAAAAGAGGCGAGGCAACAGCGGCGGCAGCAGAGGGCAGGCAGGACCAGCGCUCGGAAAGUGCGGAGCCGUUUCCGCUCUAGUCUCCUGCUUGGUUGCCUCCAUUCGCCCACGCUCGCCCGGCCUUAGUGUCUUACUCUCUCCGGGCCAGGCGCUCUCGUUGCUAGCGCGCGCAACGCCUGAGUACGUGCUGCACGCCGGCGCGAGCCCCGAGGCGGGCGCCGACGCGCACGCGGGAGAGAGGGUGCUUGAUCUCUCGCUCGCUAGCCAUGUCGUCCGCCGCCGGCGGGUACGGCGGAGGUGCGGGGAGCGGCGCUGAGCCCCACUGUCAUGGGCAUGGCGACUUCCUGCUGCACCACCAUGGACAGCACGUGACUGGGCAGCUGUACCACGUGCCGCAGCACAGCCGGCGCGAGAAGCUCCGGUUCCCGCCGGACGUGGCGGACUCGCCCCCGCACGCGUCUGCACAGCAGCAGUCCGGGGCAUGGCCGCCGCCUCCCCCGGCGUUCUACUCGUACGCGUCCUCCACGUCGUCCUACUCCCCGCACAGCCCGACGCUGGCUCAGGCGCAGCUCGUGGCACACGGUUUCGCUGCGCCGCUUCCGCAGAUCCCGACGCAGAACUUCGCGCUCUCGCUCUCCUCGUCGAAUCCGCCCCCGCCGGCGAGGAGGCGGCUCGGUGCCCCCUCGGGGCCCUACGGGCCGUUCACCGGCUACGCUGCGGUGCUCGGGCGGUCUCGGUUCCUCGCGCCCGCGGAGAAGCUGCUCGAGGAGAUCUGCGACGUGGGUGGCGCGGCCGCGCACGUCGACCGGAGCGUCUCCGACGAGGGCCUGCUCGAUGCGGAUCCGAUGGAGGCCAUCGAUCACGACAUGGACGGCGGCGACCGCGCGGUCUCCGACGCCGGCCCCAUCUCCGGCGCCGAUCAGCAGUGGAAGAAGACGAGGCUCAUCUCCAUGAUGGAAGAGGUUUGCAAGAGGUACCGGCAGUACUACCAGCAGGCCCAGGCUGUGAUCGCUUCGUUCGAGACCGUGGCCGGGUUCAGCAAUGCCGCCCCGUUCGCGGCGAUGGCACUGAGGGCCAUGGCGAAGCACUUCAAGUGCCUGAAGGGCAUGAUACAGAGCCAGCUGCGCAACACGACCAAGGUUGCUGCCGCCAAGGAGGGGCUGAGCAAGGACAUCGCCAUGUUUGGGCUUGCGGCCGGUGGCGGCGCCGCUGGCUUCCAGAGAGGGAGCAGCGCCACUGCGUUCGGCCAGCCGCACAGCAUCUGGCGGCCGCAGAGGGGGCUGCCCGAGCGUGCCGUGUCUGUCCUCCGCGCUUGGUUGUUCGAACACUUCCUGCACCCGUAUCCUACUGAUGGCGACAAGCAAAUGCUGGCUAAACAAACAGGUUUAACACGGAACCAGGUAUCAAACUGGUUUAUUAAUGCAAGGGUCCGGUUGUGGAAGCCAAUGGUGGAAGAAAUUCACAACCUCGAGAUGAGGCAGAUGCACAAGCAUCCAGCUCUUGACAAGAGUCAGUUUGGCAUGCAUCAUCAAAACCAGCAUUCGUCUGAGUGCAGCAGGAAGCCCUCCGAUCCUUCCGAAUCUCAGCUUGGGCAAAGCAGCAGCAGCACGAGGAACCACAACACCCCUGCUUCCCAGGGCUUCCCCGACGAGCUCUCCCAGAUGUCCCACUCCAUCCAGGGACAGGUAAGCUUCGCGUACAACGCGCUGUCGACGUCGCAGCACCAGCAGCAGGUCGGAGCAGGCGGCGGCAUCGGCGGGGCGGGUAACGGCGGCGUCUCCCUCACCCUAGGCCUUCACCAGAACAACAACAGGGUCUGCAUCGCCGAGCCGCUCCCGGCGUCUCUCCCGUCCAACCUUGCCCACCGUUUCGGGCUGGAGGACGUCAGCGACGCCGCCUACGUGAUGGGCUCAUUCGGAGGCCAGGACCGGCAUUUCGCCAAGGAUAUUGGUGGCCAUCUGGUGCAUGAUUUCGUUGGGUGAUGUCAUGGUGGCUGCUGCAGUGCUGCUGGCUUGAUCGAUCAUCAGCUUGCUGCUGCAUGAAGUGUGCUGAUGCACAUGCAUGUAAUGUACCACUAGUAUGUUAGGAUGGUAUAUAAGUCGAUCAUUUGGCGGCUUAGCUUGAUCAUCAGUUUGAAUCAAUGUUUGAAUCAAUUUCUUUGGAGGGUGGAGAAGACAUUGAUGUGCCCUUCAUGUAGAUCCAGCUGGUAUGCUGUCAGUUACUUGACACCUCAUGGGGCCUGGGCUAAUAGAGAGCAUGGCAAUAUCUUCCCAA